AUGGCAGAUUUUGGUCUUUCAAAAAUAAUUGGCGAUGACAUAAUGUCCAGUCAUAUAACCACAAACAUAAAAGGAACAGUGGGAUACUUAGACCCAGAGUACUUUCAUACGAACAAGUUAACAGAGAGAAGCGAUGUGUAUAGCUUUGGAGUGGUUUUGUUGGAGAUGAUAUGCGGGAGAAAAGCAAUUGAUCCAGAGCUAUGUGAAGAAGAGCUAAGCCUUUUGAAAUGGGUAAUGCUACAUGUCGAGGGGAGCGAAGAUUAUGGUGGUCCAUUGAUAGCCAUCAUAGACAAAAAGAUGUGCAUGUAUGAAAUCGACAUGAAAUCUCUCUAUCCCAUAUUUACUCUGUCGCUUAAAUGCAUUCAGAAUGAAGCAUCCAAGAGGCCGACCAUAACUGACAUAGUAAAGCAGAUAAAAGAAGCCAUGGAUAUGAUUAAGUCCGAAUCUUCGAGUGAAGAGAUAAACGAGCCUCGAUACUCCGCAGAAUAUAGCUACAGCCUACUUGACGUUGGUAGAUAA